AAAUGAUCAUUUUUACCUCAUCAUUAAAAAAAUCUAUUUCUAUCUACCUAAAAAAAAUAUAUUUAACGAAGUGAAACAUUGUUUCUUAUAGAUUUUUAUCCUGGAUUGAAAUAUGACCUUAGUUUUCCUCUAGUAUGAAAACGCCCCUUAACAGAAUACCCUCACCACAGCACGAGUCUACCAAUCAUCAUGUACUUGCGCGAGCAAAGUACACGGUGAUUGGUGGACUCGUGCUGUGGUAAGAGUAUUGUAUAACUUUAGCAUUCCUCUCUUAUUGCUACAUCAGUUAAAAUUAAGGAGACUCUACUGUAGUAUAAAAAAACUGCCCAACAAUCGAGCGGCAGAGUGACAACCGAGUGUCCAAACGCCAUACAUCUAUCCGUGCUAUAUACGAGAAGACGUCUAUCACUUCGAGAACAACACCUACGAAGGACCAGUGACUACUCUCCAGCCUACUAACGCAUACUUCCUCCUCACGCGACACGUAACGUUGUAACACGAGUUAGCGUUCGUGAGCGAUAUCAGGCUGUAUCAGAAUAAACACUUCUCUACACACGGACUCCGCCUGUAAGUCUUUUAGAACACUAUAAUACAACAAAAAUGGCUUCUUCCUUAACUCAAACGAUGUGGAUAACGAUGAAGGAGGAAACUCAGGAAAUGAUGGCAGUGUGGCCGGAUAUUAUAAGUGAUGUCACGGAAUAUGUCAGGAAUUUAAACAUUCCUGAUAUUGAUAAAUGGUUGGAAAAAGUAUUACAGUAUAAUGUCUCAGGAACAAAGAAACUGCAUAGCUUAACAUUAAUUUAUGCCUACAAGUCGAUAACGUCUAAUAAACAACAGACACAAGAUAACAUUUACCUUGUGCGGAUUUUAGCAUGGUGUCUGGAAAUGGCGAUAUCUUAUAUGGUCAUGAUCGAUGACAUUAUGGAUCGGUCGUUAUUUCGCCGAGGUCAACCAUGCUGGUAUCGACACGAUGAUAUAGGUUUAAUGGCAAUCAAUGAUGGCUUAUUAGUAGAAAGCACUGUGUAUUAUUUAAUUCGGAAACACUUUAAAGGAAAAGAAUGUUAUGAUAAUUUAGUAGAAACAUUUCAACAGGCUAUAUUUAAGACACUAAUGGGCCAGUUUUUGGAUAUGACCUCGACUUUCAAGAAAUCUAAUCUGGAUCAGUUUACGACGAACCGAUACCAUUCCAUUGUUAAGUGCAAAACAGAGAAUAUGGCAUAUUUGGUACCAACAAUUCUAGCAAUGCAUUUUGCUGGAAUAAAAGAUCCAGAGAUGUUCAAGCAAGCAGAAACUGUCUUGUUAAAAAUGGGAUAUUUGUAUCAAGUUCAAGAUGAUUAUUUAGGUUGUUUUGGGAAUUUCGAAGUUUUUGGCAAAGAUAGUACUGACAUAGAAGAAGGAAAAUGUACGUGGCUGGUUAUUCAAGCUCUUCAACGCGUCACGCCAGAGCAGCGUAAAAUUUUAAAAGAAUGUUACGGAGUUUCAGAUCCAGAAAAAAUAAGACGCGUGAAACAGCUUUUUAUUGAUUUGGAUUUACCGAACAUUUAUUUAAAAUACGAAGAAGAGACAUAUAACAAUUUGAAAGCACAAAUACAGCAAAUAUCAUGCGGGCUUCCACAUUGUUUUUUUUUAGAUUUAUUAAGAAAGACACAUCACAGAAAGGAAUGUCCUGUUUAAAACAUAUCUUGAACAACAAAGUGUUCCAACUAAGCAUUUGUUUUAAACAUUUUUAAAAUAAAUAUUAGAAACCUUUUUUGGUGAACGAUUCAAACAAGAUUAUUUAGGCAAAUAUUCCGUUUUCUUAUAUUUAUAUUCUAUUCUCUUUUGGGAAUUAAAUCUGCCUCAUUUUCACUGUAGAAGACGAAAAUCGUUGAUACACAAACGUAAAUCUAGAUGCAACAUUAAAAAUAUAAACUUCUCUUUUAUCGUCUCAUAUUAUUAAAUCAGUUGUGAUUUACAUUAAUUUUAUUUAUUAAGCAACAAAAUGUCAUUAUUAAGUAACAAAUUGCUAUUCUUACUGUUUUAACAUUUAUUUUAAAAGUUACGUUUAAAAUGUUAGAUAUUAUAAAAUGAAUACUAUGAUAUUCAAAAUUACAAGUAGCAUAUAAAAAAAUAUUUAAAAAAACAGGUAUAUUAAUAUUAUCAAUAACAACAUUUUGUACUGCAUCGCCUAUCCAUAUUGAUAAGUGCUUUUAUAUCAACAAGUAUUUAUAGUAAAAAAUUAGUGCUUAAUUGGUAUUAUAGCUAUUAUUUGGUUCACUCGGGUGCAACAGUUGUAAUAUAUUAUUAGAAUGCAAAGUGUUAAAAUAAUACAACAAUAUCUGUACCGUAAUUUUUAAUAAUUAACAGCAUACAAAAAAUAAUUUAUAGUUUUAAUGAAAAAGUUACUUAAAAAGUAAAAACAGUAUAUUAAUUAUAAGUUCGGCUCGAAUAUAGCGAAAGCAUCAAAAACACUUGAAAAGAGUUAAUUAACGCGUAUCAAGAAAUUUAUAUAUAUUAAAUUUAAUCGUUUAUUUGUAUAUAUGCAACAUUAUAUACAGGGACGUUUCGAUUCUAUACAUCUAUGGAACGUAUUAUGAAUGUCUAAUCGACCUCAAUUCCAUUAUCAUUUUUUCCUAUAGUGCAUGAUACAAAGACAAGGGUAUGCUCAUCCGAUGAUAUCCCUUUGCGUAGAUAUAAGAGAAAAGCACAUGAUCGUCAUCAGAUUACGUUACAUUUACGGAAUAUGAUCGCAAAUCACUAUGGUGAUCAAAUGAAAACGGCAACGCAAAUAACAAAUGUUGAAUUUGAGAAAUAUUACGAAUUCCAGCUUCGCAAAAACAAAUUUAUGUUUAACAAAUUGGCGACAAUUGUACAACAAAAAAUACAACUGCAGAAAUUAUCUCGUGCAAUAAUUCUGUGCCUUGUUCGUACACGAACAUAUAUUCGUGUUCGUAUAAUGAAUAGACAAAUAUGUGAACAGAACAGAAAUAAAAAUAAAAAAAAAAGAUGGUAAAAUUUACUAACAAUAAAAUAUAAUGCAUUAAUCUACACAUUUCUAUCAUUUUCUCUUUCUUGAAUAUAUUUUUUCAAUUUUCUUACAAUAUUUUCAAAUCACCAAUAUUUUCGAAUCUACUAUUUCUUUCAUAUAUUGGUUUAAUUUAAAUAUAAUAAAACAUUCUUUCUUAUCAUUCACAAUACUGAAUGCUGUUUUUUGCAUUACAUGCUUAUAUUUAUAUUCUUUUAAAUAUUCAUUUUAUUCUAUUCUUCACAUAAAUAUUUCAAUUAAAAUAUUGCAAGAAGCAUUAUAGGUGUACUAAAUAAUACAUUCGAAUGUACCGCGAAACAAUGACGUAUCUUGGUGACAAUUCUAAUUAUUCGCUCGACUGUCACGUGAUUUAUCGUGCGCAAGAGCAUACCCUUGUCUUUCUACCAUGGUGUAGUGUAGAAAAUAAACAAGUACUAUUUAUAAAUUUUUAAAAACCAAAAAGUAAUAUUAACAUUUAUACAAUAAUACAUGAGAAUUGCAUGAAGUAAUGUAUAGUCAUUUCGUUGAUCAUAAAAGAAAUAUGCAUGUGUAUUGUUAUUCAGUAUAUUAGCGAAAUAAAGAAUGGAGUUAUAUAUACGACUGUA